CAGCAGGCAGCAGGUCUUCGUUCGGUAGCGAAUGUAGCAGGGUUUACAUUCUAUUAGCAAACGUGUUACGGUGCGGACUGGCACUGUGUAGACAUUUCAAGCAGGAGGGCAAGAAAAUGUUCGUCCUGAGAAAGUGCAUCGCUUAACAACAGUGAACCUCCCGUUUGGAAGGCGCCUGGUAUUGUCUCCCAAAACAGCUUGUGAAAUUGUGGACGGCAUCGUAGGAAGCCAAAACUAAAAUACACCUCAUCUGACUCAUCGCCGGAUCCAGCAAUCAACAUUAAACCACGUGUGCAGUACAAUUCAGUACGGAAUAUAAAAUUAAAAGUAAUUCGUCGUAAUAAUAGUAAUUCGUUAACCGGUCAGCCGCUACCAGUCUGCACCGCUACUCUAGCGUGAAACACAAAGAUGGCGGGGGAAACUGUUGCAUCUGGCUCUGCUGAACACCUGGACGUUGCCGCUGACGACAGCUCAGACCCUGGACUGUUGUAUGGUAUUUUUCAUGAGAUCAUCAGCAGCCCAUUGAAUUUGGCACUGGUCGGUGUCAUCACUUUCCUGCUGUAUAAGAUCAUGAAGAGCCGCCAACAGCCGACUGCUCUGCCUGAACCGGAACCGGAGCUACCGCGUUUGCGGCGCGAUUUCACAGUCGCCGAGCUGAAGAAGUACGAUGGAACGCAACCGGACGGUCGGCUACUGGUCGCUGUAAAUGGCACCGUUUAUGACGUAACGAAAGGCAAACGCUUCUACGGACCAGGGGCCCGCUAUUCAGCAUUUGGUGGUCGAGAUGCUUCCCGCGGGCUGGCGACAUUCCAAGUAACUGGCUCAAACGAAGACGAAUACGACGAUCUUAGUGAUUUAAACGCCAGCGAGAUGGAAGCCGUGCGUGAGUGGGAUGUACAAUUUCGAGAGAAGUACAUUGUCGUCGGGCGCCUGCUAAAACCGGGUGAACAGCCGACCAACUACUCGGACGAAGAUGAAGAUGCCACGGCAGAUGGGUCGGAAAAGAAAAAGCGUGCUGCUGCUGCUGCCGCCGCCGCUAAAACCCUCGGUGCGGAUACUCCCGCUGCUGACACUUCCGCUGCUGCCACUUCCGUCACUGACACAACCAGCUCUGACCCUGUCGUGGUUGCUAAAGCGGCUCCAACAGUGUCUACGAGUGACACAGCUAAUAAGAUUUCUGUGGACGAUACCACCAGCUCUCCAGUAGACACGGCCACGGCAUCCACCGAUGCGGAUAAGCCAAAAUCUGAGUGACGCUUCUUGCCUGCUCCACAGCAGCAUUUGCAACAGCUAUCAGAAUUCCCGAUUCCAGAUAUGUUAGCUACGCACACGAACACAAUCAACCAAAACCAACAGCGACAUCCGCACGAUCCAGGACCACAGCUGUCCACAGACAGGACACCGCCAACACAAAAUAUCUUCACGAAUGCCGUGCUACAGCACAACCAACCUCAACAACUUCAUCAUCAUAAUUUGCAUCAUCAUCCUCAGCAGCAGCAGCAUAUAGUUAGCAGUACAACCGGCGAUGAAGUGGUGGAGUUGUUCAACAAAGUUUUUGCGGGUGAUGUAGUGGAAACCCCAGACCCGUGCUCCUUGACCCCAACUAUCACAACCGCAGGUACAGAUCUCGAAGGAUCUAGUUUCAGCCGACGAGCGAAGACUGGGCAACGCGAUGAAGCUGGUGGGUCGAUUGAAAAUUUUGGAAGCGAACCUGAUGACAACGUGACGGUUGACACAGGGUUGCGUUACGAUCAGCAUAGUCUUUGCGAUAUGUUUGGUUAUUGAAAAUGACCUAUCAUGUUCAUGGUCGGUCGGAAUGCUAGAAACCAGCUGUUUUAAGCUGUUACCGAUGAUCGGAACGUAGGACAGCGCAAAACAGGAGUGACUAACCUUUAUGCCUGCCGUUUCUGCCGUUGUACUAAUGUUUUUUUUUAUUCCUUCGUACAAUACGGGCAGGGUUAAUUGGUUAAUGGCGAGCCACAAUGGUCUUGUUUUUAUAUUGUAGAUAACUAUUUGGCUUUCGAGAUACAGCUUUUGGCCAUUGUUAGUAUGCGUCCAUCUGUUUAUCGUGCGUUUCUCGCCCAUUUUAGACAUUCAUUUUUUAAGAAGUUAGCUGGAUUGAUUUCUUUUUUUUUAUUUGUCCUAGUAGUAUGGUCUGGCAAUAAGUAGUAUAGCUGUUCUAUCUAUUUUAUCCAUUUAUACACCCAUAAAAGUAGUCGAUGCCUCGGUGACUUUGCGUAAUGUACUUUUUCUGUAAUGAUAAAUAUUUUUGAAGUAGCAGGAUGAAAGGUAAAGAAAGCAAAUACAAGAGAUGGGUCACCAGAAUACGGUACGAACAUCUGAUCAUAGGAAAUAUAGCUUAUUUACAAGCGGUUUCACUUGUUAGUCAUCUUGCCAUCUUUUUAGUCAAACUUGUUUAAAAAAAGUAACAUUAUGACGCUGAAAUUUGUUGAAUCACCUAUCGGUUUGCUACCGAACUUUUACUAUGUACCCGAUACUAAAGCCAAAUUUAUUGUUUUGUUUAAUUGCUAGCUCUACGAUGUACUAGCUGUACUACUUAUUGACCGACCUAUUUGCAAUAACAUCGUAAUAUUGUGUUCUAUCUUGCAAUACCGAUUUAUACAAGCUUUAGGUAUUAUCGUUCGUGUAGCUUCUUGACGGCGUAGCUGCUGGAACGGCUACGGCUCGUAUUUAAACGACGAAAGGAAGUCUCAUUUGGAGCAAAACAAAAGAGAAACUUAAUGUUUUAGGUGCAAUUACCGCUAAAGGUGGUAAACGGGAUCGACUGCUCUAUAGAGAGACAAAUCAAUAACCGACCCGGGACACCCACAUUGUUAAAAAGCAAUUAAGGACACAUACAGCACAACGCAACCUCACUCAGUGUGUCGUGCAUAUGCCGUCAUUUUGCGAAGUCUCAGUUAUUUUUAUACACAGCUGAUAAAGACAGCCAUCGCCAUGCAGUUGUGUUCGUGAUGGCAAAGACUAUUGCAGAUGUCGUUUGAUUGCAUUUUAACGAGGGUGGUGUCUCCGGUCGGUCAUCGACUUGUCCCUGUAUAGAGUGGUUGCUCUCGUUCACCAUUUUUACAAUAUCAGUAGAAGAUAAAGGGCAUCAUCAUGUGCAAUUUGCAAGAGUCGUUAAAGUGUUUGUUUUGCUUUCUUUCCCGCUUGUUUUUUUAUGUUAGUAGAAGUUAGCAGGUGCUCUACUAAAUUAUUGGAAAGCUAUACGAAUGGAACCAUACAAUGCAAUGCAAUCACCCACUGGAUGAAGGAUUAUGAUUUUUAUGUAAAUCGUUAGUCGAGAUUUUCCCAAAGGUCUAAAAAUAUAGGACCACUUCUGCACUUCUUUUUCGGUACGCCUGAAAUACGAAAUUCCUCGACUGUGUUGGUUCUCUUGACUGCGACGUUUCGUUUUAUUCAUGGAACAACAGUUAUACUAGCAUACUACUUACAACAACUUACACAACGGUAGGAAGUGGCAGGGUUAAAAGAGGAAGUAAACAAUAAUCUAACAACCUAAUGUGGAACAAACUGUGUCUUGGUAUUUCUAAGCUGAACGCGCUUUUAUGAUGCACAGUUUUCUAGAUAACAAAGGAGUAAGGCAAAAUUGUGGUGUCGUAGAAAACAGAAAAUAGGCCGGAUAUUUUUUUUAAAUUUUGGCUUGCUAUCAUUCAUAAGGCUUGUGCAGUUUUUUGCCAGCAGCAAUUUCUUUAAAAGAGACUAAUUUUGCAAUUUGUGCCAGCAGCUUUUUCCACUUCACUAUACACACAUAACUAUCAUGGCAUAUGACGCACGAUGCAACGAAAAAAUGCUAUGGGAAAUUUCUUUUGAAGCUUCUUUUCUUGAUCUGCGGUCCAGUAACAAUUCGAACUUAGUAUCGUGUUUUUUUUUCAUACAAAAAAUAUAUCCGGCUCACAAGAGCAAGUUACAGCAGUCUUGAUAGCACGCUUGGAUAUUUUGUCUUCCAACUGCACCCAAAUAUUGGUCUCUACACCAACAAUCGGAAGAAAUGAUUUUAUUAUAUUGUAAUUAUCACCUGGUAGCUAACUUGCAGGUAACGUUUGCUGCAAGACCCAUAUUUGAUGCACUUGUUUGUGUCUUUAUCGCGUUUUGCAAAUGUUUCGUUUCUACGAAUGCCUUCAGAAAAAUUUUGAACUAUCCGUUACCGGACUGAUCGCUAUAUAUCGCGCGAACGGAUAUCGCGUGAUAUCCGUUGACCGGACGCAAAGCAGAGACUUCAUAUGAAAGAGCCUGGCUUCGGGUCUGUCUGUACUAUCACCGUAUUAUUUUCGUGUAUAUUCUAUUCUGUAACCAUUGAUGUACUUCGUCUGUUAACAUGGUGUUACGUUAUAACGUAUUUAUGAAACUAUUCAAGUUUGUAGCAACGAGGGAAAAAUGAAAUAUCUCGUAGAAGAGGGGGUUGACGAUAUGUUGUGCAGGAAAACUGUGAAGAAAACUGGUUUUUUUACUCUUAACAGAACGGAUUGGGCCGUAUUUAUAAGAAAAAUGGUAAAAAAAGGAUACGCAUACUUUGUUGUUUU